GAAACACAAUACUUUUUCUGUGCAGAACCAUUGUACAGCAACCAACAAAGCAACUAAGUGUUGGAGUCAUUACAAACAUUGUUGUGUUUUUAUACUGGUGGUGGCACACAUUAUGCAUAGUAACAUGGACACUUGUGUCCCCAUCAACAACAUUCAAGAAAAACACUUCAAAAUUCAGUGCCAAACUUACUUUCUUGGAUUGCUUGCCCAGCCAUACAAACGAUCCUGCCCACAAACUUCCAAGAUAAAGCUUUCUGAAACUGUGAAGUUUCCCGCCUUUUUGCCUCCUAUGUAGGUAUGUAUAUACAGAUACAGUUCUGAGGAUAUGUUGCAGCUUCUACCCUUUCAUAUCUGUGGGAUGUUUUAGGUGAACUGAGAUUACAAGUGAACUGAGGGGUGGAGGAACAGGGGAAAUAAGAUGAAUAAGUCUAGGCUCAAGAGUUCCAGUAUACAUCCUAUAUACAGGAGGGCACUCAGGACAGCUGCAGCUUCCGAUAUUUUCUGGACAGCUACAGCUGCCUUCUCCCUGACGCUGUCGCUGUCUCUUCUAUAUUUCCUCUCCUUGCGAUCCUCUAUCUCCAGCCUCGACGUCCUCCUCGUGACAACCCCAAGCUGUUUCGAUGCUAGGCUUGAUCCUGCUGGUCCCAGAAAUGGACUGAGUACCUUGUCAGCAAACCCCAUCAGGUCAUCGAGGUUGUGUGUGAUGAACGAAAAGAUCCACAGAUACACCUUUGGUAUCAUCCUGCCAAAUUCCAACUCCUUCUUUUGUGUUAUCUUGUCGAAUUCCACCACCGUCAGUGUGUCCAGUGAAGCAAGGAAACCUGCAAAAAAGAAUACAAUUAUACACCAGGAGCACAUGCAAGGCUUAAAAUGCAUGUCAUGCGGUAUGAAGCUAGGAAAGUAGACUAUCUCUUCGUACCCCCCACACGUUUCCCAAUACAUUUUACAAAUGACUUACCAAGGGGCCACUUCCUCCUAACAUUGGCCUCCUUCUGCAUAGCUUCAAGCAGCUGCUAAAGCCCCUCCCCCUGUUUUUGGCACAGGAUCCUUGCUGUCAUGGCGAUACCCACACCAAUCGGACCCGAGUGGGCAGUUGUGAUAAACAGAUGUUGUA